AAGGGCCCUGGCACGGUCCUCCCACCUUCAGGCCACAGAGACGAAGGGACAGAAGGGCCGCCCUCGCGCGGCCGAGGCCCCGCCCCCCGCUCGUCCGCCAGCCCGCGCCUGCAGCGGAAGCCGGAAGCAAAAGCAGUCCCUGCUAGCCCCCGGCUCCGAACUCGGUGGUCUUGGAGGCUCCGCAGGAUGGGGGAGAAGAUGGCGGAAGAGGAGCCCUGGGCACAUAGUAGUGAAGGAGGCCGACCAGGAGCCGCCCUCAGGUUCCCUAAUACAACUCAUGAAGGUUUCAAUGUCACUCUCCACACUACCUUGGUUGUCACUACGAAACUGGUGCUCCCGACCCCUGCCAAGCCCAUUCUCCCCGUGCAAACGGGGGAGCAGGCUCAGCAGGAGGAACAGUCAAGCGGCAUGACCAUUUUCUUCAGCCUCCUCGUCCUAGCUAUCUGCAUCAUAUUGGUGCAUUUACUGAUCCGAUACAGAUUACAUUUCUUGCCAGAGAGUGUUGCUGUUGUUUCUUUAGGUAUUCUCAUGGGAGCAGUUAUAAAAAUUAUAGAGUUUAAAAAAUUGGCAAAUUGGAAGGAAGAAGAAAUGUUUCGUCCAAAUAUGUUUUUCCUUCUCCUGCUUCCUCCUAUUAUAUUUGAGUCAGGAUAUUCUUUACACAAGGGUAACUUCUUUCAAAAUAUUGGUUCCAUCACCCUGUUUGCUGUCUUUGGUACGGCAAUUUCCGCUUUUGUAGUAGGUGGAGGGAUUUAUUUUCUGGGUCAGGCUGAUGUAAUCUCUAAACUCAACAUGACAGACAGCUUUGCAUUUGGCUCCCUGAUUUCUGCUGUGGAUCCAGUGGCCACUAUUGCUAUUUUCAAUGCACUUCAUGUGGACCCAGUGCUCAACAUGCUGGUGUUUGGAGAGAGUAUUCUCAACGACGCCGUCUCCAUUGUCCUCACCAACACAGCUGAAGGUUUAACAAGGAAAAAUAUGUCAGAUGUCAGUGGGUGGCAAACAUUUUUACAAGCCCUUGGCUACUUCCUCAAAAUGUUCUUUGGCUCAGCAGCACUCGGCACCCUCACUGGCUUAAUCUCUGCACUAGUGCUAAAGCAUAUUGACUUGAGGAAAACGCCUUCCUUGGAGUUUGGCAUGAUGAUCAUUUUUGCGUAUCUUCCUUAUGGGCUCGCUGAAGGAAUCUCGCUCUCGGGCAUCAUGGCCAUCCUGUUCUCGGGCAUUGUGAUGUCCCACUACACGCACCAUAACCUGUCCCCGGUCACCCAGAUCCUCAUGCAGCAAACCCUGCGGACCGUGGCCUUCCUGUGCGAAACAUGUGUGUUUGCAUUUCUUGGCCUGUCCAUUUUUAGUUUCCCUCACAAGUUUGAAAUUUCCUUUGUCAUCUGGUGCAUAGUACUUGUACUGUUUGCCAGAGCGGUGAACAUUUUCCCUCUUUCCUACCUCCUGAAUUUCUUCCGUGAUCAUAAAAUCACACCGAAGAUGAUGUUCAUCAUGUGGUUUAGUGGCCUGCGGGGGGCCAUCCCCUACGCGCUGAGCCUGCACCUGGACCUGGAGCCCAUGGAGAAGCGGCAGCUCAUCGGCACCACCACCAUCAUCAUCGUGCUCUUCACCAUCCUGCUGCUGGGCGGCAGCACCAUGCCCCUCAUCCGCCUCAUGGACAUCGAGGACGCCAAGGCGCGCCGCCGGAACAAGAAGGACGUCAACCUCAGCAAGACGGAGAAGAUGGGCAACACCAUCGAGUCGGAGCACUUGUCAGAGCUCACAGAGGAGGAGUAUGAAGCCCACUACAUCAGGCGGCAGGACCUCAAAGGCUUCGUGUGGCUGGACGCCAAGUACCUGAACCCCUUUUUCACGCGGCGGCUAACUCAGGAGGACCUCCACCACGGACGUAUCCAGAUGAAAACCCUCACCAACAAGUGGUACGAGGAGGUGCGCCAGGGCCCCUCUGGCUCUGAAGACGACGAGCAGGAGCUGCUGUGAUGGAGCAGGGCGCCCCGUCGGGCCCCCCCCCCCACGGCUCCCGCGACAGACACUCCGCGAAGGCCCCCGGUGCUGCUUGCCUCGGGCGGCCUCCUCAGGGCAGAUGGAGGCGGGGUGAAGCAAAGGCCACGGUCCUUUUAAACCCGGCGUCCCCGGCCCUCGGAGCCAGCCGUCUGCUUCGGAAACAGUCAUCCCCCCCAGGCCUCACUGAGCCGGACCUCUGCUCGCCGUGUUGCUUCUCAGCUCGCAGAUCAGAGGGACCACGUGUCCAGGUAAAUUCUCCUCUUCUGCACCCAGGGCGAGUAGUCCUCCGCCGAGCUGCGGCGCGUGAGGAGAGAAAUGGCGCUGCGGAGCCCGGCCGUGACCGGGGCGGCCAGGGGAGCGCCGGCUCGCAGCUUCCGCCCUUCCCAGCCACGGCCUUCGUCCCGGGAGCGCCUGCUGAGGCCGGGAUGGGUGCCUGUUCUAGCGGGGCGAGGAGCCAGCCGUUUCCCCUUGGUCAUCGAGGUGCCUCCGGCCUCAGCAGCAGCAAUUCUGACCUAAGCGCUGGGCUCCGAAAUCUGGAAAAUGUCACACUCCCCUCUGUGAUGUUGCUUGCACCCCUUGAGAAAGAAAAACCGAGUGACAAACUUCAUUACCUCUGACUGGGCCCUCGCGGGCCGUCUCCCUGUGUGGCAGGCAGUAGCUGCCCUUCUCUGGGAAUACGGUGAAUGUUCACGCCGGUGUGGAGCAGGGGCACAUGGGCCCUUCUCUAAAGCCCCAUUGGAAGCUUGGGUUUGGGGGUGAGGAAGCCUAGUCUGUGGGGUCAGAGCGCCCUCUGGAGGGAGAGGCUAGCGUUACAGGGCUUAUGCAGGCCGGCAUCUGCUGUCUUCUAAUUGAGCUUAAAUUCAUGCACUUUUACAAAGUAGUGAGAGCCUAGCAGUUACCUCCCCCACUCGGUGGACCUUAUUGUCCAUAGGCCCCAUUUCCUGGGCUCCACGCAGUCUGCCCACUGUUUACCUGCUACCACCUUCCUUCCCUCUCCCAGUUCUUUUCCAUCUUGGGUCCCAGCUCGCCCAAGAACUGGAGCAGGGGCCAGAGCGGCAGCCCCCUGCGCUCCUCCCUGCUGCCCCCACCCGGGACUCGCCCACGUGCACACCCCCUGCCCUGUCCCCGUGGUCCCGGCCCCUGGGCCGUCUAGCAGGGGGAGCUGCCCGUCGUGUCCAGAUGAAGCGGUCACUGACUUUCACAUCCGCGCCUCACACCUGCUAGCCUUCACCCAUCUGUGGGCCGGUGGCAAAUCCCCUAUGUGGCUCAGGGUCCCUGCCUUGGGACUCGGCACCCUCUGGCAUGGUUUGCUUCAUCAUGUGCGUUCCUUGGUUCUCUGUGGGGACACCGUGGGCCAGCACGGACCCUGGGCUGGCAGCACAUGUUUCCAUCUCUUCUGCCUCAGGCGGCAGGGCUCUGGACGUUAGCAAGGACUGAACUCUCCAGGUCUCUGCUGCCCAGACCCCUUCCCCUUUCCCGAAAGAGUGAGGCCUGUCAGGCUGGAAGCAUAUGGUUUCCUUUCUAUGCAUGAAAAGUAAAUCUGUACUUGAUAGGGUUAAAAUAUGGCCAUUUCUCUUUUUGUAACCUCCUACUUUAACCCCUUAAUUUAAGCCAAACAGGAGCAUUUUACUCCACCUCAUACCUUCACUGGAGGAGUAAUGCCAUCGUAAUUCUGGCCUCCAUCAUGUCCUACUUGCUUUUAGGGGAAAAGUAAAAGAAGAGGUCAAAGAGGGAGGGGACCUUGUCCACCCCUGGAGGGAGGUGGGCAGGGAUCCCCGACUAGAGUGUUCUCUCAUUCCCAAACCCAUAAGUAAUCUUUCUUCCUUGAAAUUCAGGGUGUGAUCUCAGAAGUGCAACUUGCAUUGCAAACUCAAUAGUUUACCAGAAAAUUUAGUGGGGAGGGAGCUGUGAGUUCAUAGAUAAUAGCAGUGAAAACAGGAUCUCUUCGAUUCAGACUGCCCCUGGUCACCAGGUCCCAUCUGGCCUCCCGCUUUUAGCUGAGACCUGAAAACGACACUGAAGUAGAGAAGGGUCCCCGGGGUGGAAAGUCCCCAGGGCCUGGCUCAGUGGGCAGGGGGCACCUUUCCUGGCAGUUACCAGCACCAGCUUGGGUCUCCUGUGAUGGGUCUUCUGCCCCCCGCUGGCUAAGGGAGGUUUGGCAGGCUGGAGAGCAUUCCCACGAGGACAGGUGUGUGCCCUAUGUAGGAGAUGGGUUUUCCCAUCCAUAUCAUGGAGAUGGGUUUUCCUGGUGGAUUUUUAAAAGUGUCUUUGCCUGAGAAUCAGAAAUGUGCUGUUGGCUACCUUUAGCGUACCUAAUAAUUCUACUACUGGGGGCAGUAAAUGCCUAGUCGAUUAAAAAAAAUAUCCAGCAUAACUCCAAUUUCCCACAAAUUUACUU